AUGCGAUUCGCCACUUCUGAUUGGUUAGCAAUGAAGGAGACACGAUUGACAGCAACAACAGUUGUGCCCACCUGCAACCGUGGUGCAAUCAUGCCCCACAACUCGACAACACAUCCAUCAAAGGCGUGGGAGCACGUGCAACAAUACGCCCACAUUGCUGCAGGAUUUUGGUUGCACCUACCGCAUCCCUUUGUAGCAUUGUCUCGCCAUCCUUUUGCGGUUGCAGCAUUUUGCACAACGAAAUGCCUAUUCGUGCGAUCAUUGGCGAAGUUGGGAGAUGUUGAGCCCGUCAUUUACCCACAGAGGCUGCAGUGUGGCAAACUGUGGGGUGAUUGUUGUCAGAUGCGGGGCUUGGAGUUGAGGCGACUGUGUCACUACAAGAUAUCGCAAAAAUUGGAUGCAAUUUCUGCCACGAGUCACGCCGCCUUCCAACAUGGUCUGUUUGUUCGCCUUGCCGCCUUCUGUGGCAAGCUCAACCAUGUGCUUGUUCUGACGAGUCCCUUCUGUUGUGUUAGCGGAGGGAGGGAGGGAGGGGAGGAAAGCGAACUGUCAUUCUGCCGCACAAACUAUGAUUGCAAGGCUGCACGAGGCACUGCCAAGUGGUCCACAACAGACGGUGGGUGUCUGGUUUCGUUCAAAUAG